UUCCAGCAAGAUCAUGGGCGCGGAGUCGGAGCAUCCGUUCCUGGAGCCGCUGCAAACCAAGCCGCCGGCCCUCACCUCGCGCCGCCGGUGGCUUCUACGAGCGGCGCCUCUCACAGCUCUCUUUGCGCUCCUUCUCGCAACCUUGCUGCCUCUGUUGCACGUCCACACGAGCCAGGCCCAGGCAACACUGCUAUAUGAAGGCAUAUCACCGAAGGACCCGUCGUCCGUUCUCUCCGUGUCCAUCGUCCUCGGAGGUGUCGACACGGAUGCCAAUGAGCUCGCCACGCUGAUUUAUAUCGACAGUAUCCCUAGUACUGUGGGUACUACUGUCAAUGGGAUCCGCAAGCUGUCGACGACAAUCAACCUGCUUGUUGAUGGCCACGCCAUAGUCUUGGCCCCCGAGACAACCGACCUUUGGUCGCCCAUUCCUCUCAAGCUGCGCCUCAAGUCGGGUUCCGUCGUCAUGUUCCCGCUGGAUCGGUACUCGACCCCACUGUACAUCGCCGCCAAUGGCGCGUCAUCCACGAAUGCAAGCACACAUUCGGAUAAUCUUCCCGUACACCUGUCGGUCUACCAGAAUGCGGACUUCAACUGGCGAUACUCUGUUGCUGCAGCAAGAACCCUUGGUGUGCCAUUCACCACCCGUACACCGCCGCCAGGGCUCGUGACCGUUGAAGCGCACCGUCACCCGAUAAUCUUUAGCUAUAUUGUCGUCCUCUGGCUCGGUAUUUGGGUCGUGUCGGGCUCGCUUUUGUACAUUGCAAGCAUGACGAUGGUUUGGGGUCGACGCCCCGUGGAGAACCCCAUGGUGUACUUUUCGGGCUUGAUUGCCGUCCCAAUCUUUCGCAACACAGCGCCAGGACACCCGCCCUACGGUUGCCUUUUUGAUGUCACGAGCACGUAUUUGGCAUUCGCCGUGAUCCUGGGAAGCAUGCUCCUCGCGUCUGUGCAAUCGCUGCGCCCCAAGCCGUCGCAGUAAAAGGAAAGCAUUGACCUUCCCAUCCCUUUGGAAUUAGAACGUUAUUACUUCUUUACGGCUUAUAUCAGUACUAGUAUACGGGAA